AUGAAAUUCAAAUUGAAACCCCUGGCCCUGGGCCUCCUCGCCGCAGCUCAAACAGCAACCUCCCUCCGCUUCGUCAUGUACGUCGACGAAUACCACACCCAAAACCUCCCAACAGGCACUCAAACAAACGGAAUAACCCACGCCGUAAUGGCCUUCGCCAAAUCAACCCUGUUCACCAGCGACCCGCCCCAGAAAUGGACCCCCUUUGAACCCGUCGACACCUUCCGCAACCGCUUCGGAAAGGAUGCCAAGGUGACCGUUGCAAUUGGUGGCUGGGGUGAUACCUCGGGGUUCUCGGAGGGGGCGAAGGAUGAGGCGUCGCGUACGAGGUAUGCGAAGAAUGUGAGGGCUUUUGUGGAUGAGUUUGGCUUGGAUGGGGUUGAUAUUGAUUGGGAGUAUCCGGCCGGGAAUGGCGAGGAUUAUAAGGAUAUCCCGAAUGAGAAGAAGAAGGGGGAGAUCGAGUCGUAUCCGCUAUUUCUGGCGGCGAUCCGCAAGGCGCUGGGGAAGGACAAGAUUCUUUCGGUCGCUGUGCCCGGGAAACGGGGGGAUAUGAUUGCGUUUACGAAGGAGCAGGGGCCCAAGAUCUGGGAGUCUGUCGAUAUGGUCAAUGUCAUGACAUAUGAUCUGAUGAAUCGGCGGAAUAACGUCACGACGCACCAUAGUGAUGUGAAGGCGUCGUUGGAUACGAUCAAGGCGUAUGAGGAGGUGGGGCUCGACACGAAGAAGAUGAAUCUGGGGAUGGCGUAUUAUGCGAAGUGGUUUACGACGAAGGAGAAUGCCGGGUGUGACACGCAUCCCUUGGGGUGUGAGGUUGCAGAGCUAGAGGAUGCAAAGGGGAAGGAUACGGGGAAGUCGGGGGCUUUGACGUUUGAGAAGGCGACGAUGGGGGAGCCGCCCAAGGAUUCGAAGGAGAGUACGGAUGGGAGCUGUGGGUUUGGCAAGGGGAAGUGCGGGAGUGGGCAGUGUUGUAGCCAGUAUGGGACUUGCGGAACCACGGAUGCUCACUGCCAGGCUGGGUGCCAGUCUGACUACGGGACUUGCAAGGGCAUCUCGUUGAUUGACUCCUGGCGUCGGGCGGAGAAGGACGGUGUCACGGACGAGGAUGCCGGCGGCCAGUACUACUUCGAUAAGGAGGUGAACUUGUUCUGGACUUGGGAUACGGCGCCGCUGAUCAAGCGGAAAUUCAAGGAUAUCGUGGACGCGGAGAAGGUUGGUGGUGUCAUGGCCUGGAGUCUGGGCGAGGACUCGUUGAAGUGGGAGCAUCUUGAGGCCAUGCAGGAGGGUGUGAAGGAGAGGAGUUAAUAUUCUUACGUAGACCUCACUGAGUGCGUAUGUAAGUAUGCCCUUGGGUAGACUGCUAGUAUUUAUCUUGUGAGUGUAGG